ACAACCCCCCGUCCCCGUCCGAAGUUUAAUCAAUAGCGUAGUGUUGUGUGGUUUUUUGGCGAAAAACAUUUGAUAAUUAUGCGAGAGACAUUUCGCAAGCAAUGGCCAAGAAGGGAGGAGUUCAACAGCUCCAGGCGGACAUCAGUUCCGACGAAGAGUUUGAAAAGUUUCUUCAGCGUCCCGGCCUCUUAGUUUUGGACAUUUAUUCGGAGUGGUGUGGUCCAUGUCUGGGCAUGGUGGGCAGUCUGCGUAAGAUCAAGCUCGAACUGGGCGGCGAUAAUCUUCAGUUAGCAAUUUGCAAAGCAGGCUCCAUUUCCUAUUUGGAGAGAUUCAAUAAAAAGAGCGAGCCCACCUGGAUGUUUGUGGCGAAUGGCAAAGCCAUCAACAUCAUGUUUGGCACCGAUGUGCCCAAACUCGUGGCCAUGAUCACACGCGAACUGGAGCUAACGAUCGCCAAGGAGCCGCACGAAUGCUACGAAAUCACCGAACUGCAACCGAUUGAACUGGAACAGUUGAAGAUCAAGAACGAAGCGUUGCAACUGGCCGAAAAGAUCGAACUCGAGGAGAGCAAAAAGAAGCGCAUUGAAUACUUGAAAUACGUAACGGAUACGAUCAUGGAGAAUCUGCCCGAUAUUGGCAUAACAGUUUUUGGGCCGCAAGUUAAUCGCGACAUGUUCAAGAAACUCUCCGAACCCGCUGAUCCGCUCAAAAUACAAUGCAAAGAUCGCAAAGUGUUUGCGAUCACACAAAGCGAUUUCAAUACCGUCAAUUUUUCAGCUGAAAAUCCAUUGGAAAGCGAUGUUAUCCAGCAUCUGUACGAUAAGGAAUUGCUCAUGUGCUUCUGGAAGGUGGAGGAAACAAUGGGAACGCCACCAACGGUGCUCAAUCUAUACGCUCACGAGCUGACCAAGGAGACCAUCAAGCCGCCCGAUGAGUUCAACGAGGAGGAGACAAUACUGCCGCCUCUCAUAGUGCCCAUUGAGGUCAGCAUUCAGGUUAUGGUUGAGGUCGAGCCAGACGAGCCACCAGUGGAGCCAUUUGAAGGAGAAGCAGAAGCAGAAGCAGAAGCAGCUGAAACAGCUGCCCCAGCAGAGCAGCUCAUGGAAACGAAACUCAUUAAAAUUCCACCCAUUUGGGUGCCCAGCGAUCAACGCACUCAUGCAGCGCUCAUCUAUACGUAUUUCCGUGCACAAACUGCGACAUUUUUGCCGCCAGAUCCGACGCCGGAGCCACCGCACAUUAUAAUGACAUUUGAUGCGUAUAAGAAGAAGGAUCUCAUGAAUUUGGUAGAUGCCUGUCGAGACGAUGUCCCGCUCUAUGGUUUCUUUUCUAGUGACAAUCCACAGACUGCCAAUUUCAUAGCAAAUUCCGUGGACAAAUAUAAUGCCAAGCCUUAUGUGCCCACGGACAAGAUUGUGCUGAAGGUGAACAAGGUGCUAGGCGAAACGAUACCAUUGCUAAUGGAAUAUGGUCCCAGCUAUGUGAGUCCCAACUCUGUGGUGGGUUCCAAGGAGGCUUCCAAGUUCUUUCCGCCCAGCUACAAGUCGGCGCAACAAGAAGAAGCCGAACUGCAUGCUGUCAAAGCGGAAAAGCCCAAGAAACGCAAAAAGAACAAAAAGGGCGCUGAUGCUGAGGACGAUCAGGGCGCUGCUGGCGGUGCGGACAAUCAGCAGGAAGCCGACGAUGCGGCAAAGACUUCGCCAGAGGAAGGCGCCUCCACAACGAGCAGCGGCGAGGACAGUUGUGAGAGUCGUCCAGCGACAGCUGAUGGCAACAAUUUGUCCACUGAUGCGCCACAAUAAACCUAAGGCUCAACUGUCAUAUUUGUGAAACUCGAAACAAUUCGAAUUUAUUUACAAUACAUACAAGUAUAAUAAAGUAACGCUCUUCUCAGCGAUUCUCAAGUUAUUAA